UGGGACUUUUCUUAUCACGAAAUUGGCGUUUUCAAAUUUGAUGUUAUAUCUCCAUUAAUUCACAUUAAAUAAAACUAAAUUUACAUAAAUAGUGAAUUGUUUUGCGAUUGUGCUAUCGAGUAAAUGUUGUGGUGAAUUAAAAUAACACUUAGAAACAACUUUAAAUUCAUUUAAAUCGUGCAACUUUGUUUCAUCCUUCUAAGCUCACUAAAACACUGUAACUCGAGGCUUGAAUCAAAGUUGUGAGCUGAUUCAAGAACCAGAAAUGGCUGCAAACGCUUCCAACGUGUAUGAUAUUAUGCAUCCGACUCCAGUUUCAUUGCAGCAACUAUCAGCGAUCGCUGUUGGCCUGCAACUGUGGCGUUGUGAAAUUAACGAGUAUCGCAAAAGCCGAGCAUGGGAGAGAUUUGGAUUUCGUGCUUCAGACAUUAGAGCCUCAUUAAGAGCUAAACUCCCCAAAUUACCAUCCGCGAUUUACGAUGUGAUCGAUGAAUAUGUCACCAGACUUGGAAAGUCAGUAGCGGAUUGGCUUGAGGAGCAUUCGAGAACAGUGAGCUAUUUUGAAAAGUAUAUUCGAAGUUGUCAUUCGGAAGUUCUGGAAUACUUCGAUGAUUUCGUUGUCGAUUACAACGAAGCAACUAUCGAUUUUGUAAAGACAUCCGAACGUAUGAUGCAUUACGAUGAUUUCGACGACGUUUUGAAAUUCAUCGUGGCUUGUAGAUAUUUUUUGGAAGAUCACGUUAGACGUAUAUGGCCAUCAGUACGGGGAAAGAUGCACUUGAGUAGUAUUGAUUUCGAUACGAAUCCGCUGUUGUACUACUGGAUUUGUCAUCUUAGCAAUCAGUUGAAUGUGAUACCAACCGACAGGAAUUACACGGUUGAUGAAAAGAUGCUUAAAGAGUGUAUCGACAUGUCUGGUAACUCAUUGGCGAUUAAUUAUUUCUGGAAUCGUGUACCAUACGAAAACCAAACGCGAAUGGCUAUCGACCUUGUUCAUGUGUGGAAAAAAGAAUAUUUCGUGAGGUGCAUCUUACCGAAACUGGACGAUCAACAACUGGAAGAAUUCGUCAAUGAGAAGGGUGAAUACUUGAUUCAAGAUCUGCGUCUUAAUAAAAGGCACACGCACAUCGUUCAAUUAGUAAUAAACUAUUUGUGGAAAUUUAUGACAUUUGAAAUGCAAGUGCGAAUGGCUAACAACGUUUUUCAACAAAAUAGAGAAUGUUUCGCAAGUUGCAUCUUGCCCAAGCUAAACGAUCGACAACUGGAUAAAUUCGUUAAUGAGAAAGUUAAUGGCUUGAUACCAGCUCUGCUGGGAGAUGGUUUUCGUGAUGAAAGGUUCAUCUUUCGACUCUGGUUGUACAUCAAAAAAGCAAUGACUAGUAGCACUUUCUCUAAUCUUGUUGUUGUAAUGUUGAGAACUGAGGCUGCAGGGUACUUUUCGCUCUAUGGUCAUAAAAAACUCGAGAAGUUUUCGCAAUGGUGUUGCGAAAUAUGGAAUAGCGCGCCGCAUCAUUUGAAGAGAUCAGCGAUUAUAGAUAUCUCGUCCGAUGUGGAAUUAUUCAUAUGUCUAAAAUAUGAUAGACUUAGUACGCGUGCUACCUCUUGCGAGUUCCUAGUGUUCAUUCUUUCAGAUUUUACUUUGGAAGAAAAACAGUCGUUUUGGCGUAACUGCUGGAAGAAUUUGAUGCUGAACAAAAAUGCCCGCGAUUUGCAACGAAUAAUGGAAGCAUGUUUCGAACACGAGGGUGACAUGAUCGAGUUCAAGGAAAACGUUAUCGCUGAAAGUGAAAAUUGGCAGCUCUGUUGUGUCUCGUUAUUAUCCAGUGUAAAUUUCGACGAAUUAGACGCUUUGAUUAAUUUUGGUUGUCCUCGUAGUGCAGAAACUGCGAAACUUUUGAAACAGCGCUACUUGCAGUCUAGUUUUCUUGACGACAGUUCUGGUUUUUACUAUUCACACGUUGUUCAUUGCGAAGAAUUCAAUACGUUCGUAAAUAAAGCUUAUGGCAGCGUCGAUCUCGCUACCGAUUUCAAACAUCGACUGAUAUCGUCUCCUGAUAAUCUAAGAGUGUUGUGGACCUGUGUUCGAAUGCCACAAGUUUCCUACGCAGCAUUGAGGAAAUUUAUCGAAACAUUUGUUUCAAACGAACAAAUUUUACAACAGGUGAAAUGCUUUAUUAUUGAUCAUCUGAAGGAGGCUGCUAUUCGUCGUAGCGUUACCAUUAAAUACGCUAAUUCCAAACCUUUGUUUGACCAGUUUUUGCUGUGGUGCCUCGGAAGUAAUGAGCUAGUUAUGGAAUUCCAGCAAACUUAUAUUAAACCUUGCCUCGAAGACGCAUAAACGUAAAUAAAAAGAUGAACAGUUUUUAGUUUUACAAUUGAUAAUAAUUCUCUGUUUUAGUUAUUUAGUUUACCCGACUUCUUUUCAUCAUUAUAAGUAUCAUUCAUUAAUUCAUUAUGUAUGUUGAAGUUAAUAAAAGUAUUUUGCUUACAAUAAAUGUAUUGAAAAAAAAAAUGAAAAAUGGCAAUUC